AUGUUUAGGUCUGAGGAAAUGGCUAAGGAUUUACGGUGGCAUUACAGUAACAAGAGCGACGAUGGUAAACUACGCCACCCUGUAGACUCAGUCACGUGGGAUCAGAUGAACGAGAGAUAUCCUGCCUUUGCAGCUGAAGAAAGAAACGUUCGGCUUGGACUGUCUACGGAUGGAUUUAAUCCAUUCAACAUGAAGAAUACUAAGUAUAGUUGCUGGCCAGUUUUGUUAGUGAACUAUAAUUUGCCGCCAGACUUAUGUAUGAAGAAGGAGAACAUCAUGCUCACCUUGUUAAUUCCUGGACCGAAACAGCCUGGUAACAGUCUUGAUGUCUAUCUAGAACCUUUAAUCGAGGAUCUAGACCACCUGUGGAAGAUUUGA